GGCUGGCAGCUUUUUGGAGAGAUUUUGCAGUGCUGAGCGGCUUGUGCUGGCUACACCGCGACGCUGCUUGGUGCCCAAAAUCUAGCGCAACACGGGCUCUAGGGAAAACCGCAAAGGUGCCUUGCUCCAUGUAGCUCUCGUAUGCUUGCCGCCGAGGAGUCGACGAGGACUCGCGGGCUCGACCGCGCCGAUCACUCAUGAUCUGAGCAUGACAUUGCAAAUCUGGCAGAGCGCUUUGCUAAACAGACGGGCAGACUCAUAGAUAGAUCUGGGCGUCUCCGGGCAGCCUCGGGUUGCCCCUGCCUCGGAGAGAGCAGCAUUGCGUAGGCAGCCCGCGCACAGAGCCCCCCACACAGCCAUGUGUCUGCCCCAGACUCUGCUCAUGCCGGCCAAGCGCGAAUUUUACAUUCUGCAGUCGUGUUGCUGUUCGAACUGUUACUUCGACCCGGUCCCCGACGGCUGCUUAGACGGCCCCGAUCCUGUGUGGAAGGCAACCAGUGCGAGACCUGCUCGAUGGCGUGGGCGCGUCACAUUUGACUUUCACACAGGCGACGUCGAGGUGUGUUGCUUCCAGGAGGACUUCGCCUGCCUGGCCGCGCCGGCCGACGCGCCGCGGGUCUGCGGCGUGCUGGGCUAUACCCUGUAUCCGGCGAAGGGCUGCUGCAUAACGUUGAAGGCGCUCUACCCCGAAAGGCCCGAGAUCGUCCUGAAGCAGAACAAUACUGUGUUAUGCGCGGGCUGCGUCGGCGUGGGCGAAAAGACGCUGUGGAGUCAAGCGAUCUACUGCCGGCCGCCGGCAACAUUUUUAUUCGUCGAGCUGCGGUGCUGCUGCCUCGCGCACGAUUUAGGACUGAACAUCGCGGGGGACGGCGACGGCUGCGUAUUGCCCAACUGCAGCGAGUAUUCGUGUGGAAAUCAGAUUUCCGGCGCCCCACGCCGUCAGCGCGACCCUAACUCCACACAGGCGAGUACGUGCCGAUGGCGUGCACUUUCUUAGGAUUCAUGUGCAUGCCAAAGAAGGGUUGUUGUAUCAAAGUCAGCGACGCCUUCGAAGGCAAGAUUUUAACGGACGCGGACAUCCGGAAGAUGAUGAAUAACGACCACACCCCGCCCGCAUCACCAGAGAAGCCAGAGCUCGCGUCGCCGGACGCCGCGGCGCCGGCGUCGCCAGAGAUGGCGCGCGGCGCGGAGCCCUACUAAUAAGUAGUAACACAAAAAA